AUGCCAGUAAUUAGGGGACUUUCUGAUUUAAAUAAUAAUAACAAUGAUGAGAAAAUCACCAAUAGUUAUACUGGUGGUGAGAAAAGUGGAUUAGCAGUUGAAAAUCCUGGAGAAUAUAAUAGUAAUGGAAGAGGAGGCAUUCCAGAAAAUGCUAUAAAAGUUGUACUGUAUAAGAAUGGGUUUAUUAUAGAUAAUGAGGAAUUUAGAGAUAUUUCUUUGCCAGAAAAUGAAGCUUUCGUCAAAGAUAUAAAAAAUUCAGUAGCUCCAGAAGAACUUAGGAAAAGAUCUAAAAAUAACCAAACAAUUAAUAUUGCUCUAGAUGAUCGUAGCUCCGAAGAAUAUGUUCCACCAAAGAAACCAAUGAAAAUGUUUUCAGGAUCAGGAAAUUCACUUGGUCAGACAAAAAGUUCAGCAUUUGAAGUUAACAUUGAUUCUAAAGCUCAAAUUACUGUUGACAAUACCAAGCCAACUACUAACAUACAACUAAGAUUUCAUAAUGGUCAAAAGAAAGUUGUUACAUUAAAUCAUGAUCACACUAUUGCUGAUUUGCACUGUAUCUUUAUGGAAUGUGCUCCCGUUGACGGAGAUUACCAGCUUGUUUCUGGAUUUCCUCCAAAAGAAAUUAAAUAUGACCCAAACACGACAUUAAUAGAUGCAGGAUUACUCCAGGAAACUAUUUCACAAAAACUUAUUUGA